GACGGGGGCGGAGGCGGCUGGUCGUUCCAACACAAGCAUGCCGGUGUCCGCUCGGGGGACGCGGCCUUGCCGUGGGGCUAGUGGGUCGUGAGGGCGACCGAGGGUUCGCCUUCAUGGAGAGGCGGCUCUUCUGCGCUUCUUGCUGCUCCUGCUGCUCCUCCUCAGGCCGCUGAGGCGAUUUCCGCGCUCUCUCCACGCCCGGCCGCCGCGGGGCCAUGCUGCCGGCCUGGCUAAGCCGGGGGUCCCGGGGGGUGUUCCACGGCGCCGGCCGCAGCCUGUCGCGCGCGCCCCGGGCCCGCAGCCCCGUGUCCCUGGAGCGGGGGGCCUCUGCGGGGGCCAGGAUCGAGCGGGAGCCCGCCGAGGAGCCGGUGGCGGCAGCCCGGCGGUGGUCUAGGGUGGGCGGCCUCGAGGAACUCCUGGCGGGCGCUGGGAGGCGGCCCCGGCCCGCCUUGAGCCCUGGCCCCGCCGCCUCCUGCGGCUGCUGGGGCCUCCUGCCCACCCACUGGGGGCUGCUGCCGCCCGCGCCGGGCAGCCCCCGGCCCAGGACUGGGGUCCUGGCCGGUCUGCGGCUGGUAGUGUCCGGCCGAAGGGGACACAGCUCUGGAGGGGGAAGGGGGGCCCCGGAACAAACGCCGGAGGCUGCAGGUGCCAAAGGCGUCUUGAACUCGGCGUGGGACCAGCGUCCCUCGAGCCUGUAUGAAAACCCAUGGACAAUCCCAAAUUUAUUGUCAAUGACAAGAAUUGCCUUGGCCCCAGUUUUGGGUUAUUUGAUUAUUGAAGAAGAUUUUAAUGUUGCACUAGGAGUUUUUGCUUUAGCUGGGCUAACUGAUUUGUUGGAUGGAUUUAUUGCUAGAAACUGGGCCAACCAGAAAUCAGCAUUGGGAAGUGCUCUUGAUCCACUUGCUGAUAAAAUACUCAUCAGUGUCCUAUAUAUUAGCUUGACAUGUGCAGAUCUUAUUCCAGUUUCACUUACUUACAUGAUUAUUUCAAGAGAUAUAGUGUUGAUUGCUGCCGUUUUUUAUGUCAGAUACAGGACUCUUCCAUCACCACGAACACUUGCUAGAUAUUUCAAUCCUUGCUAUGCCACUGCUAGGUUAAAGCCAACAUUCAUCAGUAAGGUGAAUACAGCAGUUCAGUUAAUUUUAGUGGCAGCUUCUUUGGCAGCUCCAGUUUUCAAUUAUGUUGACAGCAUUUAUCUUCAGAUACUUUGGUGUUUUACAGCUUUCACCACAACUGCAUCAGCCUACAGUUAUUAUCAUUAUGGCCGGAAAACAGUCCAGGUGAUAAAAGGCAAAUAAAUGUCAUCCAUCAUUGUUAGCUGGGAAGCAGGAAGACAUCUACAUCAGAAUCAGCUGGUAAUCUACAGGAGUCUCUCUUUUUUGUUAGUUUGGAAAAGACUUUAUCAAAACAUAAACCAUGUCAAUGUCAUCCCAAUUGAAGUCAAGUGCAUUGAAAUUAAGCUUAAAUCAUGUACUGUACAUAUGUGGAAUUUUCCAAUGUAUUUUUAAAUAAAAAUAUAAUUUGGAAUU